GUUACUAAUAGCUGCACAAUUUUAAUGGCGAAACUGGAUGAUUGUUCGUUUUCUAUAAAGUGUAUCAUUUAAUGGGAGUUUCAAAGCUUCUUUAAUAUCAUCUUAAAAGGAAGGUUGCAUUUUUCCACGUAAAGUUUCAUUUUUUUUAUUGCUAAAUGUCAAGUCUGAUCGUAUGUUCUCCAUGGAGAUUGAUCAUCAAUGUUUUGGUUUGCUUCUUGUUUAGGGUUUCGAUUGAAAGCUCAUGGCGGAGAAGACGAGCAGUGAAGAAGGAGAAGUGGUGAUUAAUAUUCCCGAUGAAGGGCCAAAGGAACCAGAGACAUUGGAGCCCAAGCAAAAAGCAGGAGCAUUUGGUCCAGCUGCAAACAAGCCACCAAAGGUCCUAGUUGCAGGUAAUGAGACCCCUUUUACUCGAAGAAGAUCAUUUCCGAAACCGAAAUCGAGAUGCGGGGAACAAUCUUAUCUUGUUGAAACUGAUAAAAUGGAGGAGAAUGGUUUCGCUAAUCAAGAACAUAAGGCCUCCCCUAAUAACAAGUUGGGGAGGACUACACCUACUGAUUCCGGCGUGUCGAAAACGUUAUCGAUGGCCUCUACAGGCGCGAACGGAGAAAGUACCGAAUACGAAGAGAUAAUUAAGAAAGUUAAGCUGCAUAAUGAGAAGCUUAAGGGAGUGAAACCUAAGGUUGUGAUUGAGUGGUUCAUAUUUUUGUUACUCUUGGCAUGCUUAAUUGCUAGCUUAACGGUAGAUAAACAGAAGAGUCACCAUUUUUGGGGCUUGGAAACUUGGAAAUGGUGUGUGCUUGUGAUGGUUAUAUUUUGUGGUAUGUUGGUUAGCCGUUGGUUUAUGCGUCUCGUCGUCUUCUUGAUCGAGACCAACUUUCUUCUAAGGAAGAAAGUGCUGUAUUUCGUUCACGGUUUGAAGACCAGUGUGCAAGUGUUUAUAUGGUUGAGCUUAGUUCUUGUUACUUGGGUUCUUCUGUUUCUUGAUGUCGAGAGGUCGAAGACCGCCAAGAAGAUUCUCGAUUACGUAACGUAUACUCUUGUAAGUGUUCUCAUCGGAGCUUUCUUGUGGUUGUUGAAGACAUUGUUGCUAAAGAUAUUGGCCUCCACCUUCCAUAUGAACAUAUUCUUUGACAGGAUACAAGACUCUGUCUUCCAUCACUACAUACUUAAGACCCUUUCGGGACGACCGCUACUGGAGACCAAUGAAAAAAUGAUGACCCAUUUGACUGUUAGCAAUGCCAAAAAGGGUAAAGGAGCUAAAACCAAGAAGUUGAUUGACAUGGGAAAGGUACAUAAAUUGAAGAAAGAAAAAGGUUCAUCUUGGCACAUGAAGGUGUUGGUUGAUGCUAUCACCAAUUCAGGUCUUUCCACAAUCUCCUACUCCUUGGACGAAAAUACUUACGAGGAAGGCGGUGAACAAACGGAUAAAGAAAUCACUAAUGAGGAGGAGGCACAGUUUUCUGCUCAUCAGAUCUUCUACAACGUUGCUCGACACGAUAGCAAUAACAAUUGCAGUUACAUUGAUGAAGAUGACCUUUUAAAAUUCAUGAUUAAAGAAGAGGUGGAGCUUGUGUUUCCGUUGUUCAAUGGAUCGAACACCGGAAAAAUUGACAGAAAAAGUUUCACAAACUGGGUGUUAAAGGUUUACAAGGAUCGGAAAACACUAGCACGUGCUUUGAGUGACACCAAAACGGCUGUAAAGCAAUUGAAUAAACUGGUAACAGCGAUCCUGAUCGUCGUUACCGUUGUCAUAUGGCUUCUGCUGACAGAAAUCGCAACCAAAAAAGUGCUUUUGCUACUUUCAUCACAGCUUGUGGUUGCAGCUUUUAUGUUUGGAAACACCUGCAAGACUAUAUUUGAAGCCAUCAUUUUCGUAUUCGUGAUGCAUCCGUUUGAUGUCGGAGAUCUAUGUGUGGUUGAUGGUGUUCAGUUGUUGGUAGAGGAGAUGAACAUCUUAACGACCGUCUUCUUGAAGCUCGAUAACGAAAAGGUGUACUACCCGAACUCGGUUUUGGCCACAAAGCCCAUCAGCAACUAUUACAGAAGCCCUGAUAUGGGUGAUACCAUAGAGUUCGCUAUUGAUUUUAUGACACCGGCAAAGACGAUCGGCAGGCUGAAAGAAGAAAUAAGGAAGCAUUUGGAGGCCAAUGGUACCGUAUGGCAUCCGAACCACCUUGUGGUGGUGAAGGAGAUCAAGAACGUUAAUAAGUUAAAUAUGGCUUUAUACUGCAAUCAUACGAUGAACUUUCAGGACUUUAGGGAGAAGAACCAGCGUAAAACCGAUUUGAUCAUCGAACUGAAGAGAAUUUUCGAGGAGCUGGGCAUAAGAUACAAUCUCCUCCCCCAACAUGUGAAUCUCAACCAAGUCAACCAAGACAGGCCGAACGCGACAUACGCGACCGCCUGAUCCUUAUCUUGUGUUGUUCACAGUUUUAUGAGCUUGACCAGGAGUGGCAAUGAAAACCUAUAUGCAUAGUUGAUUCAUGUUUGAUAUGUAUAAAUCUUGCAUUUUCCUCGGUGUAAACAUGAGUUUCAUUCAACAGCCUGCGAAACAACCAACGCAGCAAUCUCGGUUAGCUAAACAAAGAUCUUGAGUUCGAGUUUUGAAGAUGGGAGAAAAUGGUGCCAUAGGGGGGCUUACGAUAGAUAAACCGUCUUGUUCAUGGUUGCAGACGAAAGGAAUGAAGAGCCAUUCAAGUAGAGUAAUUCACCAUCGACUCUUUCGGCAAUCCGCUUUUCGAUUUCUUCGGCACCAAUGGAGAAUGGUUGAUCAGAGGCCUAUAUUAAAGCAAAUAUAUGU